AUGUCGGGUCUGUUCUCUGAAUGCAGGGAGAGCGCGACGGCGCGGCCGUCGGCUCCGGACUCCGGCGGCGGUUUCCUUCCGGAGGAGGAAUUCCAGGAGCCGCCGCGCACGCGCUCGCGACUAGCGCCGGUCGUCGAUCCCUCCGAGCGGCCGGUCUGCACGGAGUGUUCGCGACCUUUCGCGCAGUCCUACCUGUUCGACUCGUUCGACUUCCGCGUGUGCGACGAGUGCCGCGACGAUGCAGACGAACACGCGCUCGUCACUCGCACCGAAGCCAAGAGCCUGUACCUGCUGAAGGACUGCGACCUGGACCUGCGGCCCCCGCCGCUGCGCUUCGUGCGGCGCCGCAACCCGCACGGCUCGCGCCUGGGCGACAUGCGCCUGUACCUGCGGCCGCAGGUGGAGGAGCGCGCGCUCGCCGUGUGGGGCUCGGAGGAGGCGCUGGAGCAGGAGCGCGAGCGGCGCGACGACAAGCGCGCUCGUGCGAAACAAACGCAGACGAAGAAGCGGCUGCGCGCGCUGCGCAUGGACGUGCGCUCCAGCCUCUUCGACCGCACGCACGCCACGCACGUGCACGAGUUCGGCGACGAGCAGUACGCCGCCGACACCGACCUGUACUCGCGCACCUGCGUCCACUGCGGACACGUAGAGUCUUACGAAAAGAUGUAG